AUGGUGUCCAUCACCUAUGUUUUGGGGACUUUGUCCCUCUUUCUGUCAGGUUUACAGCUCGCACAGGCUUUUACCCCUGGACACCAGAUUAUUGAGCGACUUGGAAAUGCACCCAAGGGCUGGGAAAGAGGUGGGGCACCGCCGCCAUCGACGUUGAUGAGGUUUCGGCUGGCACUCUAUCAGGAGAGAGCGGCCGAAUUCGAACAAAAGGUCAUGGACCUUGCAACGCCGGAUCAUCACAGCUAUGGCAAACACAUGAAUCGGGACGAGAUUCGGGAGUACCUACGUCCAUCUGAUCAGGCUCUGGAAGCAAUCAUAUCGUGGAUGGAAUCCGAACACGUUUCCGCGAACUCAGUCGAGAUACAUGGAAAUUGGAUUACAUUUACUGUUCCAGUAUUCAAAGCUGAGCAACUGUUGAAAACACAAUUUGUUCACUUCUACAACGAUGUGACAAAAACGACGGUUAUCAGGACGCUCGAAUAUUCUGUUCCCCGGGAGGUUCAUUCGUAUGUUCAAUUGAUUCAGCCAACAACCCGGUUUGGACAUUCCGGUCCACAGGCAGGGCAACCAAGCCUUAAACCCGCUGUAGUUGGCUUCGAUGAAUUGACGGGAAACUGUUCGAUAAAUAUGACUCCGGAUUGCCUUCGGCAAUUAUAUGGGAUUUUUGAUACCUACGCCAGGCCAGACCCUUGCAAUCGACUUGGCAUCUCUGGCUAUCUGGACCAAUACGCACGCUAUGAUGACUUUCAUGCCUUCAUGCAAACAUUUGCGCCAAAUAGAACAGAUGCGAACUUCACUGUUGUGUCGAUUAAUGGUGGUCUCAACGAGCAAAACUCUGCCAAAGGGAGCACCGAAGCAAGUUUGGACAUGCAGUACUCCGCUGCCUUGGCAUAUGACACGCUCACGACAUUCUAUACAACCGCAGGCCGCGCUCCUCGAAACCCCGGGGUAGAUUCCAACCCUACUGUGUCCUCUAAUGAGCCCUACCUUGAACAACUUCACUACCUCUUAGGUCUUACCGACGAGGAACUUCCCGCUGUUCUCUCCACCUCCUACGGCGAAUAUGAACAAAAUGUCCCCGAGUCCUAUUUAGAGGCCACCUGCAACCUAUUCGCCCAGCUUGGAGCACGUGGAGUCUCGGUGAUUUUCAGUAGCGGCGACUCGGGUGCUGGAGGAUCGUGCUUAACCAAUGACGGGACCAGCAGGACGAGAUUUCAACCUUUCUUCCCAGCUACUUGUCCUUUUGUUACAUCCGUCGGUGGAACAUACGAUAUGAAGCCAGAGAAAGCUGCUAAAUUCUCUGGGGGAGGGUUCUCUGAGCGAUUUAGGCGCCCGGUAUACCAGGAGCAGAGUGUUAAUGCCUAUCUCAAACUCCUGGGGAACAAAUGGGAUGGACUAUAUAAUGCGCAAGGAAGAGGCGUUCCAGAUGUUGCUGCUCAGGCCAGUGAUUUCGUCAUUGUCGACCAUGGAUCUUUGUUGAGAAUUGGAGGCACCAGUGCCGCCGCUCCAGUCUUUGCGGCCAUUAUUUCCCGGUUGAACGCCGCACGACUGGCCCAAAACCAACCACGAAUGGGAUUUCUAAAUCCAUGGCUCUACUCCAUCAACCAGACUGGAUUUGCAGAUAUCGUUGAUGGGGGUUCAACCGGCUGCACUGGGAAAUCUGAAUCUGGCGGCCGCGCAUCGUUCGUACCCGCCGAUCUUCGAUCCAUCAUCUCUGAGCUCAGCAACGCUCUGGACCGCAAACAAAUCGAUGCUGCCAACAACCUCCUCAGCCGCGCCAAGCGAACACUCAUGCUUCAGAAUGCAUUGAUCCCGACUUCCUCUACCGCGCCCGAGCUGGUUGCUCUCGCUCGCCAGGUUCUCGAACUCGGCGCCCUGGCUUCUAUCAGACAGACCGACGCCCCCACCUUCACAAGAUAUUACCAGCAGCUGCAGCCCUUUUACGAUCUCGAGAGACAUGCUGGUGGACCGGGUCAGAGCUCGGCGAAUGUUGACUUCAGCACUAGCCAACGGAGCAAGAUUACUGGACUCUACCUGCUGCUUCUGUUGAGCAUGGGCGACAGCACUAGCUUCCACACAGUCUUGGAGGGUCUUGUUGAGGAGGCGAGCUUGAAGGGCAAGAGUGUUGAGGAUGACCCAUUCAUCAAAUACCCGGUUGAGUUGGAGAGGAACUUGAUGGAGGGAAGCUACGACAAGGUGUGGAGAGAGACCAACUCCGAGCGUGUGCCAUCGGAGGACUUUGCCUUGUUCUCUAGCGUCCUUGUUGGAACCAUCCGUAGUGAGAUCGCAGACUGCUCCGAGAAAGCCUACCCGUCCCUCCCGAUCUCCAACGCCAAGAACCUUCUUUUCCUCGACUCUGAGGGCGCCGUCAUUGAGUUCGCUCAGCAGCGCGGUUGGGUCCUUCGCGAUGGCCGGAUAUACUUCCCUGUCGAGCCGGAAUCGGCCGCACGCUCCGAGAAGGACAUCCUUGUGGCCAGUGGUACUGUCAUUGAGAAUACGAUAGGCUACGCUCGGGAGCUGGAGACGAUUGUUUAA